AUGACAGACAGUACUUCACGUGGCCAAGAGCUAAUAAUUGGAACUCGGAAUUCCAAAUUAGCAUUGGUUCAAGCCGAGCGCGUCUCCAAAGCCUUGUCCAGUGCUCACCCCCAGAUUAAAUUUCCAUGGCAAACCAUCUCCGUCAGCGGAGACGUGGAUAAAACUAGUCCGUUCCUGAAAUUCGGGGGCCCCUCCGAUGCGGCCAAGAAUAUUUGGACGGAGGAGAUGGAGGCCAAGCUCUGCGCUGGCGAGCUAGACCUGCUCGUGAAUUGCCUGAAGGACAUGCCGACACAGCUCCCAAAGGAUUGUGUCCUAGGUGCGAUUGUCCACCGCGAAGACCCUACCGAUGCCCUUGUGGUCAAGGAGAGCUUGCGAGAACGGUAUACCGAUCUAGACCAUUUGCCUGCUGGGUCGGUGGUUGGUACUAGCUCCACUCGACGGAAGGCACUGCUCAGAUGGAAGUAUCCUCAUUUGAAAGUGCAGGAAUGUCGCGGAAACAUUGAUACUCGACUGCGGAAGCUCGAUGACCCAGAGGGGCCUUUCUCAGCUAUCAUCAUCGCAACGGCUGGCUUGAACCGGAUCAACAUGACUAGUCGCAUCACGAAGCGCUUAUCUCCAUCCGAGUUUCCCUACGCCAUCGGGCAAGGGGCUUUGGGAAUCGAGAUUCGUGAAAAUGACACUCAGACCUUGAAGGUCGUGCAAGCCAUUGAAGAUCCUCUCACGCGGUGGAUCUGUGUGGCAGAGCGAUCACUACUGCGUAGUCUGCAGGGAGGAUGCUCCUCUCCGGUUGCCGUCAGCUCCACAAUGGAGAACGAAGAUAGCAAAUCUGUCCCCGGUGGUCGUCUGCGCCUUGAAGGCACCAUCAUUCAUCCCCAUGGCUCAAGCCAAAUUUCGAAGAGCGCAGUUGCCAAUGUGACCAGUGAUGAUGAAGCGGAGGCGCUUGGGAAGUUGCUUGCAAAAUGCCUUGAGGACGGCGGUGGACGAGAGCUUCUUGAUGAAAUUCGCCUCGUUCAAGAUGAAGAAUCGAGGAAUGCUUGA